GUUUUGGGUAGGGGAAGGAUAGAAGUAAUUUUCCCAAAUAUCAAAGACCCGGUAUCAGCGAAGAGCGACCGAGGAGAAACCCCAAAUCAAUGGCCGGCAGCUCAGAAGGUGAAUUCUACCUCCGUUACUACGUAGGCCACAAGGGCAAGUUCGGCCACGAGUUCUUGGAGUUCGAGUUCAGGCCCGACGGAAAACUCCGGUACGCCAACAACUCCAACUACAAGAACGACACCAUGAUCCGUAAGGAGGUCUUCCUCUCCCCCUCCGUCCUCCGAGAGUGCCAGCGCAUCAUCUCCGAAAGCGAGAUAAUGAGGGAGGAUGACCGCACCUGGCCAGAGCCAGACAAGGUGGGGAGACAGGAGUUGGAGAUUGUGAUGGGGAACGAGCACAUCUCGUUCACGACCUCGAAAAUUGGUUCUCUGGUCGAUGUGCAGAGCAGCAAGGAUCCCGAGGGACUCCGCAUCUUCUAUUAUCUCGUUCAGGAUUUGAAAUGCUUUGUGUUCUCUCUCAUCUCACUCCACUUCAAAAUCAAGCCCAUCCAGUCAUAGAUUCAUAUCUUUUCGUUUCCAGUAUUCAGAACUAUGAUGCGUUCAUGUCAGAGAAGUACACUGGGCUUUUGUUUGGGAACAUAAUUCCUUGAAGUUGUGCAGAACUCCUUCGAUCUGUCCAUUCAUGAUAUUGUGCAUAACUCUCAAGAAUGCUUGUAUGACCGUCGUAUGCUUAGUUGCUGCUUUUGAGUGUUGAUUUUGUGGUGGUCUGCUGGUAAGAUGGGUUCUCUACUUCCAAUAUGAGGCUUGCAAAUUGCGAAAAUAAAGGAGGCUUCGGAAGAGAGUUUAUUAAACAGCGUGCGCUGCUAGACUUUUCUUUUAGAUUCCCUGAUAUUUUCAUAUUAGUUAUAAAAUGCUUUUAUUGGUAGCGUAGACUGAAUUUUAGGGUGUUGAAAGAUUAGAAGUUUGGAACUGGUGAUCAAAUAAUAUUUACAGGUAAGAGAUGUAUUUGCAUCAA